AGUGAGACAAUGAAUAAUUGAAUAUAGACACAAGAGAACAACAACAACAAUAACAGAGGAAGAAGGAACAACAGCAGAUUCCGACGGCGAAUGGGUGGAAGAUGGAGAACAACCCUUCCCCUUUUCUUCUCUAGCCGCCGCCUCCGCAUACGCACAGCACCUCCUUCUCACUUCGCUUCCUCCGUCACCCGUUUCUUCACUGCUGCAUCUUCUUCUGCUAUCCCCUGCCAUGACGACCUUGAUCCCCUUCACAUGGACAGGUUCGGAGCCCCGGAACAAGACGACCCUUCUGUGAAAAUCCCCAUCAAAGCCUUCUUCCUCUCCACCAGUAUAAAUUUGAAGGGCGUUCAGGCUGACAAUCCGAGAAAUGUCGUUCCUCCAUCUUCCCGCUCAUCAUCAAACUACGUUGCUCUCCGGUUCUGUGACUUCAAUACGGACUCUAUUGGAGCUGGAUUUCAUGUGAAAGCAAGCAGCUCUCGUUACAUGGUUGUAUACCAGUAUGGGUCUGCUGUUUUGUUUAAUAUCGAGGAUCAUGAAGUGGACAUUUACCUUGAGCUAGUUAAGAGGCAUGCAUCUGGUUUACUUUCAGAGAUGAGGAAAGAUGAUUAUGCAAUAAAGGAGAGGCCACAAUUAGACGAGGAUAUGCAAGGAGGUCCGGACUACAUAGUCCUGAAAUCAUUAGACACUGAUGGUAUCCGUCUGAUUGGAAGUGUACUAGGACAAAGCAUAGCACUGGAUUAUUUUGUCUCACAGGUUGAUGGUUUAGUUGAAGAGUUUGCAGGCAUAAACCGUGGAAUGGAGAAAUCAGGAACUUUCACUAUGGAUAAGAAGAAACUGCUUCAGCUUGUUGGGAAGGCAAACUCAAAUUUGGCUGAUGUGAUUCUUAAAGUUGGUCUCUUUGAGAGAUCGGAAAUAGCUUGGAGGGAUGCAAAGUAUGCUGAAAUAUAUGAGUACUUGCGAGAGGAGUAUGAAGUUGCACAACGCUUUGGAAACCUAGAUUACAAAUUGAAGUUCGUUGAGCAUAAUAUUCAUUUUCUGCAAGAAGUUCUCCAGAACAGGAAGUCAGAUUUCUUGGAAUGGUGCAUUAUUGGUCUAUUGACUAUUGAAAAUGUUAUAUCCUUUUAUGAGAUAAUUCAUGCUUCAAAUACAGUUUCUUAGGAAAGUAGUUAGAGAGGCUGUUGCUAGAAUAAUUUAUUGUAACAGUUCUUACCAUUUUUGGGCUAAUCAAUUUUUCCCCUUUUGUAUUCAUUAUAAAUCAAAUCCACAUAUUCAUCCACUUGUAUGAAAUUUAGUGGAAAUCUUGAAACUUGUAUAGUUUCUAAGAACACCUAAUAAUCCUUGAUGAAAAAUAGGAUAUCAGCUAUAUUUAUGAAA